GGAGCUUCUCAAGAGAUUACACAAAAGUUCAAACACACGAUGGAAGGACAAACUUACGAUCUUGUCAUGUCGGUGGCGGCGGGCGGCGGCGCGUGCGCAGCUUGUAUCCACGAUCGGUGUCAGGGUCGCCGCGCGGUUGUCGACCCGCGCCGCUCUGUCUGCGCCAUACAUGCGCACACGCAACUCGCGCAGUUCAGCACUUCUCUACUGAGUACUGACAAUCUUAAGGAUUAUGCCCUUAAUGUUUUAUUUUACGAUAUAGUACAUAAGGAGUUAUAAUUUAUGUUUUUCUUUGCUAGAAUAGCUAGAAGUAUAAAUAGCUUUUUGAUGACUUCUAUAACCAUAAUUGAUAGAUGCAAAUCGAAUGUGCGCUUACUUCAGUUAACAUUUAUUUAACUCUUGAUAUACACACAAUUACCAGAGACAACAGAUCUUUAAAGGCCAACAACAAAAGCAUGUUUUCUGCUAUAAAUACUUUACAAAAAUAUAAAUUAUAAAGCAUGUCCUGUCCGUGUGUGGGUGAAUAAGUGAUCUCUACACACCGGAAGCGGGGAAAGGUCACCGCACCUUAUGUCGCAAAUAAACAAACAAUUAUCGACUAGGAACUGUUUAUUACACCGAUAUUAUAUGCAUUAUUCAAUAAAUGAUUUUUGCAAAAAAGUAGUUUGUUAUGUCAAAUAUGCAGUCUACGAGAUAAGGCAAGAAGAUCAAAAAUAAAGGUGAUCAUUACACCAUCCGCAAAAAAUUAAUGCUUAUGAAUUUUGAACUCAAUUCUCUUUAAUUCAGAACGAAUGUAGAAAGAUGAAAUAAGACCUUAAGGCAUUGGACGUGCACUGAAUGACAAGGUUUUGACAGAUCUUGACUUGACUGAUCAAGCCUUGACUACUUCACUAUCAUGGGACUUUUCACCAAAUCUUAAAAUUGUUGCAGUUGUAUACCUAAACGAGAUGGCAAGUUACAUGGCUCAUGGCCUUAGAGUGACGUUUCUCUUCCGCUGCAGGUGCCUGCACGCCGAACUAUCUUCUAGAGUAGAUCUAUGUAGUUAGAUCGAGUGCAGGCUUUCACCGCAAUACCUUCUACUGACUACCUCCAAGUACACAGUUAGUAAAUGUAAUUCAUUUCACUACAUACAUGCGCAAUAAAGUGAUUUGUUAAAACAAGCUCGUUGCGUCGCUGAAACCCUAUAAUUUUAUCAAAGCGUGAGUGAAGAUAACUAGAAUUUCAAUUGUUUUUAUUUAUAUUUUUGACGCCUAUUAAUUACCAAUUGUGCAUAAUUUAUUUUCCAAAAAAGAAUUUACAAUCAACGAGCAUCUAUUUAAGAUAUUCCUCGUGGCGAGGUAAACGUGCCUUGUGCCCACGCGCACCAAACAAAACAGCUGUUAUUCAAGUCAAAUAUCGUGUCGGAUUCGGAAGGCCGCAAUAAUUUAGCGACGAAACCUCUAUGGAUCCCAAUUUAUUGGUAUUUUGCAAAUUUUGAUAAUAUCAUCAUUGUUUUCUUACAAAAAUGGCGCUCUGAUGGCGAGUGAGCUUAUCAAUGUAAAAGUUUACAAUUGGAGUUCAUAUUAAUCUUUAUAAGGUAUCCUAAUGUUUAUUACUUUUUUUGUAAGUGUGAAUUAUUGUAAACUUGAGUACCAAGGUGUUUACUAUAAAAGAAAAAUGUUGCCUUGUUGAGAUAUGCAAAAUAUAGCCCAUAUGUUGACAUUAUUCUUUUCUACUUAAGGUACAAAUUAAUUAAGUGUUAUGUACCUUAUUUGUGUAAUAACAUCGGGAAAUAGUAUUUUGAUACAGAGAUAUAAUAAUUUAAAUUUUUAUUGAUUGAUUCAUACAUUAAAUACAUGUGAAACCUGUCUUUUAACCUUUUGUAUCUUAUUAAUUCGUAUAAUUGGGUUGAGUUUCUAUUGUAAUACUAAAACUAUUUAAAAACAUGUUGUUGUUACUUCGCGUUGUCCACGAUCUAUUUACCGACUUAAAUGAAAAUAGGUUAUCAGUUUCACCUGUAUGUUUGUGAUAUUGUUGAAAUAGUUGUUGACUAUGUAAAUCUACAUAGGCAUCAACGUGUGCUUAAAUUCGUAAUGGACUUUGUACCAAAAGUCGUAUCGACAUUUCUUUUUUUGGCGCUCAUUCUAAAUUAGCUUUUCAUCAAAACCGGAUGAGUAGUUAAAGAUAAAUAACAACAUUUAGGGAUAAACUUCGUUAGAAGUUCUUUGAUUUAUCAAUGUAAAUAUUGGCCGACCGAAUAAUCUUUGUCGAAAAUCACUCGAUUUUGGUUAAAUCGAUUAAACAAUACGGAAAGGGUGAUGUGGUGGGUUCUAACAGCUUUAUAAAUAACACAGAUAAUAAAGCUCUUAUAUGUCAAGUAGGAAAUAAUAACACUUCCUAUCGAAAACCGAUCAUUUAUCUUAGGAGCGGAAGCUGGCGACUCGGCGUUAGAUCAGGCGCGCAAUGACGACACCACUCAUGUUUAACAAUCAUAAAUAGCUCUUGUUAUGAUGGACUUUUAAGUAUAAAAAUGACUAUUAAUAAGGUCGUAAUUCUGAUUUUUUAUGCAAGCAUUGUGUCGACUAAAAUCAACGUUUUGUUGAAAGUUUAUUGGUCCUUUAUAUUUAUAUGUACUGCGACAAUAGUGUCAGUAAUUUGUGAAUGAUGUGCAAGACAAUUAUUACAGUUAUGUUAACGCAGCUACGAUAUUUAAAGACAAGACGAUUAAUUAUACAGAAACAUGGUCAUAACUUAAGUCUGUCAACGUUUAAAACCAGUAAUAUCUAAUAGGGUUUUACAGACAACCUACGCUAUUUGUAUUUGCCAUAAACUUGCACGCGAGACACGCGAUUUAAUAUGUAUACUUUUAUAAUUUUAAUGUAUACUUAAAAUACACCUUUUAUUUUAAAAUAUAUAGAAUUUUAUCUUCCUUAUAAACUAAUACCUGCAUAUGAUAUAAAAACAUAUUGUAUUACAACAAUUUUGUAAUUAUUUCCGCUUAAUCGCCAUUGUGCGCUUAGCCUAGUUCUAGGUAGAGACACACGCUAGAGACAUGUCACACAUGUCCGCACUACAGUGACAUUGACGGCUGUACAGACAGACAUAGCCCAUACACUAUUAUUAUCCCAGAUUACCAUAUUAAUAAGAAAUAGCUGUUAGUGGUAUAAUUACACUACGGACGAUCGAUGAUCGGGUCAAAUAAAUAUUGUAUUGGUUUUCCAAAACAUUAAAAAAAAUCUUAAGUUAAUUGAUAACAUAGAACUUUUUCAUGUAGGUUUUGAAGUUCUUCUUCACUGAUGAUAUAUGACAUUUACUAAGCUAGAGCUAUUUAUUUAUUGGUUUUAUGAGGAUUUCAACAGUGAAUCGAAAAGAAUUAUGCAGGAACUUUUACCGAAUAAAUCACAAACACUAGAAAACAAAGCAAGUAGUAGUAAUUCGGAAAACCUCAAGAACCUUAACAAUGGAAAACUUAACAUUUCACACGAAUAUAAACAUAAUAGUAAAAUAAUUACAUAUAAGCAAACAAUUACUUUGGUUAAUAUCCGUUCCCACGGCUAAUUGGACACGGCUCUGCUAAUUGUACGGUGCAACCGUACAUUGCGAUUAUUGCACUCUCAUCAGAAUUGUAAUGUAUUAAUUUCCAGUCAAUUUUAUGUUAUAAUUCAGUUCACUUUCGGAUCGCGUCAUAGCAACACCUAUCAUUUAUCAUCCAUUAGUUAAGAAGUGGACUCAAUAUACGUAUCAAGUGAAUAAUCUAUAGUUUCAUUCAAUAUCAGUCAUUAUCUAUCAAUCAUUAUCUAUCAAUCAGUAAAAGACGUACGGAAUACACUGUACAUCUUUUUGGUCCUUCGAGCCGGAUCUGCAAUCAGUGACUAUUUGGUGAAAAUCAGUGACUAUCAAUAACAUUAUCAGUGACUAUCAGUGACUAUAUUUGACUCUAAACUGUGCAGUGCUACUAGCAAGAAAGGAGCACUAACCAGGGAGUUGCAGUAUAUACAAGUAAGAUCGUUUUAAUUUAUCGCUAAGUAAAAAAAAAAAAAAACUUACUUCAUCAUGGAAGAUAUUCACGCAAACCAGGCUGAAAUUUUCGAGGCUAUGACCAAGCUAUCCGCCAACAUCAAGAAGGAUAGCUUUAGUCGUAAGGUUGGCGAUUAUUUUAAACGGCGUUUAGAAACUUUAGAAUCUUAUUGGGCUGAAUUUCAAUAUAAUCAUGAUCGUCUUUGUACGGAGGAAAGCAGGUCUCACCCGUAUUUUUUGAACAACGAAUAUGAGCGGGCAGCAGAGUUGUACAGGUCUGUUAAAGCGUUAAUCAAUCAGCAGCAAGGAUUGACAAAAGCAGGGCAAUCUGUUGUCUCGGAUCAGGAGGAGAAGCUUCAACAGCGAGAAGGUCAACCAUCAGGUACGUCUUUAACAAGUAUGCGAGAUGAACAAGCAUCAAGACGUUCGUCUCCAGAACGGUCAUCAAGAGGAUCAUCUAGCAAGACGGAUGAUAUGCUCAAAAAGCAAUCUAGCAACAUCAAAGCAUUUCAGCGAACCGUAGCAAGUUUUAAUUUGGACGAAAUUUCCGAGAAAUGGGAAAUGGAAGAUGCUCUGAAGACUCUACAAUCAAGAUGGUCUGUAAUUGAUACUUUGCACUGGGAAUUGGACGGAGAAUUGGAAGAAAUGGAUGAACAGUAUGAACAAGCAUACGCUAAGCAAGAAAAAAUAUAUAACGACUUAAAAAAGGCCAUAAAUAGCAAGUUAUGGUCUGUUGCCCAUAAAGUACGUUCAACCCCAAAAUUGGACAUACCUAUUUUUAACGGAUCUUAUCAGCAAUGGACGUCUUUUAAGGACUUAUUUACAGAAACAAUCCACAAUAACUAUUCUCUGUCAAACGCUCAGAAAAUGCAGCACCUCAAGAGCAAGUUGAGAGGCGAACCUGAAAAACUAAUUCAGCAUCUACCUAUAUCGUCUGACAAUUAUAACGUUAGUUGGGAUAUUCUAAAUCAUCGUUAUAAUAAUCUCAAAUUAAUUUGUAGUUCUCAUUUAGACACGUUAUUAAACAUCACGGCUGUGCAACAUGCUACUAUCAAUCAUAUCAAGCGUCUGCAUGACACCACAGUCGAGAGUUUGAAUGCUAUCAAGAACUUGGGAGUGGACAUUAGUUCCUGGGACCCUUUACUUGUACAUAUUUUGUCUCCAAAAUUAGAUUCUGAGACUUAUGACGACUACGCUGCAUCUAUAAAGGAUCCUAGGGCCUUACCUAAACUACAAGAUUUUUUAUCAUUUUUAGAAGGUAAAUUCACUGCCAUGGAGUCAUCACGCAGGAAGCAAGAAAAUCAUUCAAACAAAUUAAAUAACGCAGGAAACUUCAAGCAAUCAUCGUUUGGGACAAAACAUUCAAGAAAAAAUUUUAAUUUGCAACAAUCAUUUACUGCACAUGGUGAAGUUAUUUCGCAACCGACAAACAACAAAAAUGCCAAUUCGAAGAAAUAUUAUAUGUGCCCUAUUUGCAAGACAAAUGAACACGGCAUUUAUUAUUGUCAACAAUUUCUAGAAAUGUCACCACAAAUUAGACGCAAAACUUUGUCGAAAUUAGAUUUAUGCCAAAACUGCCUUUAUUGUCAUUAUGGUAAUGCUUGCAUUUCAAGUAAACGAUGUCGUGAAUGUAAUGGAAAUCACAACACAUUAAUACAUGCAGCAUUUACGCAAUCAAGCCACACUUCCGUUGCAAGCACAGCAAAAGCGACCGAAAACACGACACACGCUACGAAAACCGAAACGCCGCAGCUAGCGCGUGGAAACUCGCACGUGUCAUUGCAACAAAAUAUGCCAGACGUAGUUUUACCUACUGCAAUGAUCAAGGUCCAAACAGAGGAUGGAUCGUUCCAGAUCUUGCGAGCACUUUUAGACCAAGGCUCACAAACGUCCCUCAUAAGUGAAAACGCAGCUCAGCUUCUGGGCAUACCACGGAAGAAAUGCCCGGGUGUUAUCUGGGGAGUAGGUGAAAAGGAAACCAACUGCAAGGGAGUCAUGAGUAUCAAGUGUGCGUCAAUUAACAACAACUUUGAGUUUGAAGUCGAUGUCUACAUCAUGAAUAAAUUAGUCAAGAACUUGCCGAAUCGUACAUUCCAAAGACCAACAUGGUCGUACUUGGAUAAUAUUACAUUAGCAGAUCCCGAUUUUAACAUCAGUCGUUCAGUUGACUUACUUCUUGGUAGCAGAGUAUACUCAAAAUUAUUAUUGGAAGGAGUUUGUAGAGAGACUGAGGAUUCUGCAUCAGCACAAAACACACGAUUAGGCUGGAUAUUAAGCGGAGAUAUCAUACAGUCGUUUCAAUGUAACAUCAUUUUGCAUAACCUAGACGAAAUUCAACAAUUCUGGGAAAUAGAAGACAUCACUGACCAAACUUCAUUAUCAUCAGGAGAUCAGCAGGCUAUAGAUUAUUACCAGAAAACCACGAUACGUCAAGAGGAUGGUCGAUAUCAAGUAAGAUUGCCUCUAAAGCCUAAUUUUACAGACAUGUUAGGAUCUUCUAAACCAAAAGCUAUAGCGCAGUUCAAAUCGUUAGAGCGGAAGUUUAAGCAACAUCCCAACAUUCAAGAAGAGUAUCAGAAAUUUAUGACUGAAUAUCAAGAAUUAGGUCAUAUGAAACUCGCGAGCAACAGUUUAAAACCUGAUUGUUUCUUAACCCAUCAUAGCGUACUGCGUCCCGACUCAACCACUACCAAAUUUAGGGUUGUGUUCAAUGCGUCUGCUAAAACAUCAACAGGCAACAGCCUAAAUGACGUCAUGGAGGCUGGACCAAAUUUACAGCAAGAUCUCCAGUCCUUGAUUAUCAAAUGGAGACAGUACAAAUUUGCUUACACAGCAGAUAUCGAAAAAAUGUUUCGCCAAAUUUGGGUACAUGAAGACGAUCAGCGUUAUCAGAAGAUUGUUUGGCGAAACUCAUUAUCAGACCCAAAUCAUCAUAACAACCCUAUACAGGAGUAUCAGUUAACUACUGUCACCUACGGCACCAAAGCUGCGCCUUUUCUGUCCUUGAUGACAUUAAAACAGCUAGCACAAGAUGAAAGAGUCAACUAUACAAACAGCUUAGCAACAGAUGUCCUUGAGAACUCGUUUUAUGUCGACGAUCUUUUACAUGGAUCCCACUCACCUGAAUCAGCAAAAUUACUAACAAGAGACUUAAUUAAUCUUCUAAAAUCGGGAGGUUUUAAUCUCAGAAAAUGGAAAUCAAAUGUCCCUGAGUUAUUAAAACACAUACAAACCGAUAACAACACUCAAGAUACUUUUAAUUUUAAGCAAUUAGAACAAACGAAGACACUAGGCCUCAUCUGGGAUCCCAAGGAAGAUACUUUCCGGUUCGAAUUAAAAAUCGAGCUAACAAAAACUCCGGUGACAAAACGAUCUUUAUUAUCAGAUAUCUCGAAAUUAUUUGACCCCUUGGGAUGGCUAUCACCUCUGUCCACAAGGCUAAAAAUAAUUUUUCAAAACGUAUGGUUACGUAAUAUCAAGUGGGAUGAUCCCUUGCCCGAAGAUAUUCGGACCGAGUGGGUAAGCGUCAAAAACAACAUUCAUCGUGUAAAUCAAUUACAAGUGCCGCGCUGGAUAGGCACAAGGGAACGCGACAGUAUAGAAUUACACGGGUUUUGCGAUGCGUCACAGAAGGCGUACGCCUGCGUGAUAUACUGUCGAAUCAAAGGGAAUGAGCAGUCAACACCAGUACUACUAGUUGGAAAAACAAGACUUGUACCGACCAGCAAAUCAGUUUCAUUACCAAGAUUGGAGUUAUCAGGAGCUCUUUUACUUUCAAAACUGAUGUUAAAAGUUCAGCAGUGUCUUUCAAAUUACGACCUGAACAUUUACGGCUGGGUUGACUCUAUGGUUGUGUUAGGGUGGCUAAAUGGUGACCCAACAAGGUGGAAAUCAUUUGUGGCCAAUCGUGUACGCCAGAUAACUACAAUCAUGCCUGUCGAUUGCUGGCGCUACGUUAAAUCAUCAGAAAACCCAGCUGAUUGUGCCAGUAGAGGCUUGAAUGCGGGUCAACUUGAGGCUCACUCUCUGUGGUGGAAGGGUCCUUCAUGGCUGUCUACUUAUGAUGCAGAGAAGGAAUCGAAAUUAUUAACCUUCACAACAGAUGAAGAAAUCAAAAAUAAUAACAAAUUACAAGUAAAUGUAACUCAGCAAAAUAACGACUGCAGCGUAAUAAGUUACCUGGUAUCAAAGUACAGUUCAUUCACACGACUUAUAAACGUUUAUGCAAUGAUUUUACGAUAUUUUAAACGAUUACGACUAAAGCAAAAGGCACAGAGCAGACAUCUGACACUACAAGAAAUAAGACACGCAAAAUCAAAGCUAAUUAAAUACGUACAAGAAACAGACUUUUUAGAGGAAAUACAUAACUUACAGCAAGGCAAACCUAUAUCAAGCAAGAGUAAAUUAUUGAACCUAAAUCCGUUUCUUGAUCAAGACGGCAUUCUUCGAGUCGGCGGAAGGCUCAAACACGCCAACAUCGAUCCUCAAAUGAAACAUCCAAUUAUUCUAUCAAAAAAUAGUCGUUUAACGGAACUUAUCAUCGACCAAUCUCACAUUCUUACGUAUCAUGGUGGACCUCAGCUAACAUCAGCAUUUAUACGCCAAAAAUAUUGGAUUGUCGGCGGAAUCAGGGCCGUCAAAUUCCAGUUGCGACGUUGCGUUAAAUGCCGUCGUCAUAACCCUAGCAAUCAGCAUCAAAUUAUGGGAGACUUACCACCAGAAAGGACGAACCCAUCACGCCCCUUUCAAAAUGUUGGUGUCGACUAUACUGGUCAUGUCUUUAUCAAGGCCAACAAGGGUCGUGGGAUAAAGACAACCAAGGGUUAUGUUGCCGUAUUUAUCUGCAUGGCAACUAAAGCAGUUCACUUGGAGUUAGUUUCGGAUUUGACGGCAUCGUCAUUCAUAGCGGCUCUUCGCAGAAUGAUAGCCCGGAGAGGACUCCCAAGCAAUAUAUAUAGUGAUCAGGGAACUAACUUCAUUGGAGCAAACAAGGUUUUACAGGAAGAGUAUAAAGAAAUUCUAAGCACAUUCGAUCAAGAGUUCCAGACAGAGAUAUUAACAAUGGGAAUUGAAUGGCACUUUAACGCACCUUCAUGGCCUUCUGCAGGCGGGCUAUGGGAGGCAGCCGUUAAAAGCCUUAAAUAUCACUUAAAAAGAGUAGUUGGUGAACAAAAACUGACGUUUGAAGAAUUUAGCACACUACUCUAUCAGUUGGAGGCUUGUAUGAAUUCGAGACCAUUAUGUCCGUUAACCGAAGAUUCAGCUGAUCUGAACUAUCUUACACCUGCUCAUUUUCUAUCAAGUGGACCGAAUUUAACACUUUAUGAAACGGAAACAGAUUUACGAACGAGAUGGAACCUAUCACAAAGAAUCUAUCAAGAUAUAUGGAAGCGCUGGCGUGGUGAAUACCUGACGCAGUUAAACACUAGGAGUAAAUGGAGACGCCCUCAAGAGAACAUCAAAGUUGGUGACUUGGUGUUAAUACAUGACGCCAAUCUACCACCAGGAAAGUGGGCAAUGGGAAGGGUGACACAAGUGCACCCCGGCAGUGAUGGAUAUGUCAGAGUAGUCACACUCAAAACAAAAAACGGAUUUAUGCAACGACCCAUCGUCAAGCUUACCCCAUUGCUAGAGUGCUCAAACGAAGAGGACAAACAAGUGUCUCCUUCAGACCAACAGGAUACCACAACAUCACCACAACUCAACCAAACCCGGAGGGGUAAAAGACUUAGUUACAGUUACACCACUCUAAUGUCUUUACUACUGCUUGUAUUAUCUUUGGUAUGCAACGUGCAAGGUGCAUACAACAUAACACAAUUACAAGGCACUCAAGCAAUUUAUUUCGAUAAAAUUUCAGAGAUGAAUUUGAUCCAAGAUCAAUGGAAAAUAGUAGUCUAUUACGAUAUGCAGCCGUAUUGGCGCGGGUCAAAUAUAUUCAACGUCUAUAUGAAACACCUUGAAAACCUGUGCACACAAACAGAAAGGAGAUCCCAUUGUGACGUUAUCAUGUUGCAGCUACGUCACAGAUUCAUGGAACUGGAGUACUACGACCGUAUGUUGCUCAAUCAGCACUUUGAAGCGCAUACGCGCACGCGACGAGGUCUUAUCAACGGGAUCGGUUACGUUGCAAACAGUCUCUUCGGCGUGCUUGACGAACAUUUUGCCGAACAAUACCAAAGAGACAUUACCUUAGUUAGGCAAAAUCAGAAACAUUUAGCGUCACUAUGGCGAAAUCAAACAUCUAUCAUUGAAGCCGAAAACAAUCUGCUUAAACGAGUGGAAAGUACGAUGGAAAAACAACAUAAAAUAUUUAAUCAGCACUUGAUAAAUUUAGACCAAGCUGUCACCAAAUUAAAAAAUGAGGUGGAGAAAGUAGCAGUCACAGAAGAUUUUAUACUAUCAACAUUAAUCGCGAACAACAUCCUAAGCAGUUUAAAGAACAUUCAAGAUUCUUUGUUGGAUACUAUCACCAACGUUCAACAUUUCAAUGUUCAUCUUAUAACACCGGCUCAACUUCAAGAUGAAUUAAAUAUCAUUUCUAAUCAGCUGCCCAAAGAACUAUCGUUACCUAUCAAUAGCAUUGUAACAGAUCUGUACAAAAUAUAUCAAAUUAUGCAAGUAAGAGCUCGUAUGACACGAGAGUAUUUCAUUUUUGAAAUACAAAUUCCUUUGGAAAACCGAGAGAGUUAUGACAUUUAUCAUAUGAUUCCGAUUCAACAUCAAGUAAAAGAUGGUAUGGUUAACGUAGUUCUAAUAUCAGAGUAUAUAGCUAUCAACAUCAGAAAGGAUACAUACUUACCUAUUUCCGGAUAUGAGCUCCAAAAAUGCAUUCGAUUAAAUGCCAAUACAAACCUUUGUCAGCUGCAGAAACCAAUUUAUCAACGAGAUUCAGACCAAAAUUUUUGCAUCAGAAAUCAAGAAGGAAAUACCUGUACAACUGUCACUACGACAUGCAAAACAACAUGGACAGAGCUUAACGUAAUAAACACAUUCAUAAUCACAUGUUGCGGCCAUUGCACUCUAAGGAUCAUAUGUGGGGAUCAAGUUACUACUGAACAGGUGACCGGAGUAAAUAUAAUCGCGCUAGGAAACAACUGUGUCAUCAAGGGUGAGACCUUUAUAAUUACGUCACAUAAACAACAAACGAUCGACAUGAAAGUUAAGCCCGAUGUUAUUGCCGUAGAAAUCGCUCCCGUCAAUAACAUAAUCAAUUUAUCACUACCCAUCAACGAGUACAAGCAAGAAAGUUACCAAACCUCUUUACAAAAUAUCUCCAAACAAAUAGAGCUGAUGAAAGCAGCCUCAGAACAAGUGAAUGUCGACGAGGGUGUAUCAUAUCAUGAUGUCCACCAUUACGUGGCUAUUUACUUCGUGGGGGCGGCAGGGCUAGCCUUCGCUGCGUUUGCGUACGUACGCUCGCGCCGGCGCCGCACCGUCCAGCUAGCGCUCACACCCGCGCAACCUAGUGUACACUACCGUGCCAGUGCCAGUGAUCUGAGUGCGCGUGGUAUGCCAAAUCAAAGUGAUCAGUGCGCGAGUGAAGUUUUUCGUAGUGAUCAGUGCGCGAGUGUAACAAACAUUUCAAGUGCAUGUGUAACUGACAAAGCUACUUCGCCUAUUAUUAGAAAAUGUAGUUUUAAAACAUCAUCUAACAACUUAGCCAUUUAAGUAUCAUUGCUUUAUCACCUUGUAUCAUCAGAUCAUAUUAACACCACCAUCUCUCAGCAUCAGUCCUCUCGCGCCCGGGAGUAUGUACGGUGCAACCGUACAUUGCGAUUAUUGCACUCUCAUCAGAAUUGUAAUGUAUUAAUUUCCAGUCAAUUUUAUGUUAUAAUUCAGUUCACUUUCGGAUCGCGUCAUAGCAACACCUAUCAUUUAUCAUCCAUUAGUUAAGAAGUGGACUCAAUAUACGUAUCAAGUGAAUAAUCUAUAGUUUCAUUCAAUAUCAGUCAUUAUCUAUCAAUCAUUAUCUAUCAAUCAGUAAAAGACGUACGGAAUACAC